GACUAAUAAAGAGACGUUUAGCGGAGGCUCUUGAAGUGAGGGAGCUGUGUGUGUGCGCGGAGGAGAAACUUGUGAGGGCUGAUAGUUCUCAGUCAUGACUAGGAGGAGGGCACAGCUGGACGAGUCAGUGUAGACACAGAGAGGCGGCUCCCUCACUACAGCUCACCUUACACCAGAGGAGGCACACAAGGUGCAGCGGGACUUCUCCACACAAGACCAUAGAGAAGCUCUCUCCGUACAUAGAGGGACCUCUCUCCGUACACGACCAUAGAGAAGCUCUCAUCGUACCUAGAGGGACCUCUCUUCGUACAUAGAGGGAGCUCUCUCCGUACAUAGAGGAACCUCUUCGUACACGGUCAUAGAGAAGCUCUCUCCGUACAUAGAGGGACCUCUCCGGACACAGCAAGGUCCCACCAUGGACAGCGCGCACGCCAAGCCCGUGUGUGAGGCGCUCCGACACUUCGAGGUGAAUGAGAACUGCGGACUGAGCAGCGAGCAGGUCCGGAGGAGCAAAGAAAAGUAUGGAGCGAACGAGUUGCCAGCUGAAGAAGGUAAAUCUUUAUGGGAACUAGUAGUGGAACAGUUUGAAGACCUGUUAGUACGCAUUCUACUCCUAGCUGCAUGUGUAUCUUUUGUACUGGCAUGGUUUGAGGAUGGAGAAGAAACUACAACUGCCUUUGUGGAGCCUAUAGUCAUUGUUAUGAUCCUGUUUGUAAAUGCAUUUGUAGGCGUAUGGCAGGAAAGGAAUGCUGAAAGUGCCAUUGAAGCUCUGAAGGAAUAUGAACCAGAAAUGGGAAAAGUUAUUCGUGGGGACCGAAGUGGAGUUCAGCGUAUAAGAGCCAGAGACCUUGUUCCUGGAGACAUUGUAGAGGUGGCAGUUGGUGACAAAGUACCUGCUGAUAUCCGCCUCAUCGACAUCAGAUCUACAACAUUACGAGUGGACCAGUCGAUUUUGACGGGAGAGUCUGUUUCAGUGAUUAAACACACAGAUCCAAUCCCAGAUCCUAGAGCUGUUAACCAAGACAAGAAGAAUAUGUUAUUUUCCGGAACUAACAUUGCUGCUGGCAAGGCUGUUGGAAUUGUAAUUGCAACUGGCGUUUACACAGAGAUUGGAAAGAUCCGGAACCAGAUGGUUGCAACAGAGCCAGAGAGAACCCCUUUGCAGCAGAAACUGGAUGAAUUUGGACAGCAGUUAUCUAAAGUCAUCUCCUUGAUCUGUGUGGCUGUUUGGGUAAUCAAUAUUGGUCACUUUAAUGACCCUGUGCAUGGAGGAUCUUGGUUUCGUGGAGCCAUUUACUAUUUUAAAAUUGCUGUGGCUUUAGCUGUAGCUGCUAUUCCAGAGGGCCUUCCAGCUGUGAUUACAACUUGUUUAGCUCUUGGUACACGUCGGAUGGCUAAAAAGAAUGCAAUUGUGAGAAGCCUCCCAUCAGUGGAAACUCUUGGCUGCACAUCGGUCAUAUGCUCUGAUAAAACUGGCACCUUGACUACCAAUCAAAUGUCUGUGUCUCGGAUGUUUAUAGUUGAGAAGAUUGAAGGAACGCAUUGCAGUCUUAAUGAAUUCAGCAUCACUGGCUCUACCUAUGCUCCAGAAGGUCAAAUCUUAAAAGAUGAGCAGAUUGUUCAGUGUGGUCAGUAUGAUGGUUUGGUGGAAUUGGCCACAAUUUGUGCUCUUUGCAAUGAUUCAUCUUUGGAUUUCAAUCAGUCAAAGGGAGUAUACGAAAAGGUGGGAGAAGCAACAGAGACUGCUUUAACCUGUCUGGUGGAGAAAAUGAAUGUCUUCAACACCGAUUUGCACAAGCUUUCGAAGGUGGAACGAGCCAAUGCCUGCAAUUCUGUUAUUAGGAAGCUGAUGAAGAAGGAAUGUACCUUGGAGUUCUCUCGAGAUCGCAAAUCCAUGUCUGUGUAUUGUACACCCCUUGGUUCCAGUGCUGCUGGUACAAAGAUGUUUGUUAAGGGCGCUCCAGAGACUGUAAUUGAGCGUUGCAAUUAUGUGCGUGUGGGUUCCACAAAGUUGCCACUAACUCCAUCAGCAAGAGAGAGGAUCAUGUCCAAGAUCCGUGACUGGGGAUCUGGCAUAGACACCCUAAGAUGCCUUGCUCUUGCUACAAGGGAUGCUCCACCAAAGUUAGAAGACAUGCAACUGGAUGACGCUAACAAAUUCAUUAGCUACGAGACAAAUUUGACAUUCAUUGGUUGUGUUGGAAUGCUGGAUCCUCCCCGCAAAGAGGUAUCUACUUCAAUUGAAAUGUGUAGAAAAGCUGGCAUCAAAGUCAUAAUGAUAACCGGAGACAACAAGGGCACAGCUGUGGCUAUAUGCCGAAAGAUUGGCAUUUUCUCAGAUUCCGAGGACAUAACGGACAAGGCAUAUACUGGAAGGGAGUUUGAUGACCUCCCACUGGAAAAACAAAGGGAUGCUUGUCGUACAGCUCGAUGCUUUGCCCGUGUUGAACCAGCACACAAAUCCAAGAUUGUGGAGUAUCUUCAGUCUUUUGAUGAAAUUACUGCAAUGACUGGUGAUGGAGUUAAUGAUGCUCCAGCUUUGAAAAAGGCUGAGAUUGGCAUUGCCAUGGGUUCUGGUACUGCUGUAGCAAAAUCGGCUGCAGAAAUGGUUCUCUCUGAUGACAAUUUCUCCACUAUUGUGUCUGCUGUGGAGGAAGGCCGAGCCAUUUAUAAUAACAUGAAACAGUUUAUUCGCUACCUGAUCUCCUCCAAUGUUGGCGAAGUAGUCUGUAUCUUUCUCACUGCUAUCCUUGGCCUGCCAGAAGCCUUAAUCCCCGUCCAACUGCUCUGGGUUAAUCUUGUAACCGAUGGAUUACCUGCCACUGCACUGGGAUUUAACCCUCCUGACCUGGACAUCAUGGAUAAGCAACCCCGUAAUCCUAGGGAACCACUUAUCAGCGGGUGGCUUUUCUUUAGAUAUCUUGCAAUUGGAGUUUAUGUAGGUCUGGGCACUGUGGGAGCUGCCACAUGGUGGUUCCUAUAUGAUGAGGAUGGACCACAGGUGACAUUUUACCAGCUGAGACACUUCAUGAAGUGCACACCUGAAAAUCCAUUAUUUGAAGGAAUUGACUGUGAAGUGUUUGAGUCUCGCUAUCCCACUACCAUGGCCCUGUCUGUGCUGGUAACCAUUGAGAUGUGUAAUGCUCUCAACAGUUUGUCUGAAAACCAGUCCCUACUGAGGAUGCCACCUUGGCUUAACAUCUGGCUUCUGGGUGCAAUCAUCCUGUCCAUGGCACUACACUUCUUGAUCCUCUAUGUGAAACCAAUGCCGCUUAUUUUUCAAGUAACCCCUCUGAACUGGACGCAGUGGCUUGUAGUCAUGAAGAUUUCAUUGCCUGUUAUUUUGCUUGAUGAAGGUCUCAAGUAUAUAUCACGGCAUCACCUGGAUGGCUUACUAAAAACCGUAGAACAGUCUUGGAAUGGGACUGCCCAGACGAAGACUAACCGGAGUCAAGAUCAGACUGGCACCUAAAAAAAGGCGAAAAAGAUACCCACAACACUCGGACAACAAUAUUUCUAAAUAAUGUGUCCCAUGAAACCAGUUCAAACUGAAGAAUCCUGUAUGUCUGAAAGUCCAAAAAAAAACACAAAAAAGGACAAGCUUUUACACCUAUUAGACAAAUGCGGGUGAAAAGUAUAAAAGAAAAAAAAAUACUGAAAUAUUUGUUUGUAGCUUUUUUUCUGUACAUAAAGGUGCAAUAACUGGACAUCUUUACUGUGGCUUGGGGAUACAAUUACAUAGAUUUGGCCAUGCAGGAUUUAAACCAGACGCUACUGAAAAGUCAGGAUUUGUUUGUUAUUCAUAUGUGUGUCAUCGAUGUGAAAUGAAGAGGUCCUGAGGGUGCUGAAAUACUUAUGACAGGGAAGCUAUAACAGGCAUUGAUGGUUAAGAAAAAACAACUAGCCUGUUUUUGCAGCAUGGUUGUGUCAUCAUGGGAAACAGAGGCACUUCCUACUCAGUGCUUUAUUGUCAGCAUAUAUAGUUCAUAAUACAGCAACAUUGUUGCUCUUGCCAAAAAAGGUGCCGUAAGCUGAUGUUUGAAACCACACAAUCCGCUGAUCUACCAAUUCAUAUUUCACUUUUACAAUAUUCACUGAGAAGCUGUGACAUUUUACUGUGUGACAUUUUAUGUUAUGCAAUUAUGAAGAGCUAUCUUUACUGUGGAAACAUUUGUUUUAAGUUAACCUGUCAUAACAUUUGUUCCCUGACACAGCCAAGGCUCCCAUACAGCACUUGAGGCUGUAAUUUGCCUGACUCCCUGAAGCUGCACUAAUUACAGAGUAGAAUUGUCACCCUACAAGGUGCUGCUCUUCCCCGGAACUAGCGCGGCCCCUUGAGCAAAGCUAUGGCUUAUUCUAGCCCUACAUGUGAGGCUGAAUUAUAACGGGUAACAGUUGUCAUUAUGGGUCCCCUUUUUAGUUCAUUUCAGUGUAGCAACACAAAGUUCUAUUUAACUGUAAUAUAGCACUGUAACUAGCUUAUGUAAUAACAGAGUAUGCAACGGUUCUAAAAGAAAUGUAAUGCAAGCCUGAGAAUGUAGGGGUUUCAGUGACUCCAGAAACUAAAAAUACACCUACUAAACUAAAGAUUUUAAUGGAUUGUUUCCCCUCUUCUUCUUUUUUUUUUUUUUGUUUAAAACAAGAAACCUAUUUAAGUAAUUUUAAAUCUCAAACACUUAAGUUGUUCUGAACAUUAAUGAUAGUGUAUUAUAUGGAUGUUGUUUGUUUGAAACGUUGCAGUAGGACUCAGGCUAAUGGCGGUUUAUCAAUGUUGCUUAAGGCUCAGGUUUGUGCUUCAGCACAGGAAUAAAGUGAUUAUACAUAAGCA